GUGAUCAUGUAGUUUGGCCAGAUGUUCCGCCCUCUUCUGUUUUGUUUAAAAAGACCCAAUGUGCUAUGACUGCAUUUCAUCGGACCAUCAUCUGUGCUGAACUUACAAUAAUGACAUCUUUGGCUCUGGUUUUGGUAUUUUGUGCCUUUGUCUCCUUAAGCGAUUCUUGUUACCGUGACCUUCUAAAACCAGGGGCAAAAUAUUGUAAGGAAGGCUAUGCUAAAUCCCGGCAUCCAAUAGGAAGUGCUUGGACAAACGACAGAUGCACCAGAUGCACAUGUUCCUCCACAAUGAUGGAAUGCUGCGACACGAUGGGUAGAGUGAUAAUCAAGACUGAAGGCUGCAUUGUGAAGUAUGAUUACAGCACAUGCACAUUUAAAGUGUUUCAUCCAGAAGAUCCCACAUUUGGGUGUGGCUAUGGUGCUGUUCUAAAAUAAUUUCCAAUGACUGAAAAUACAAAUCAGUGAUGUGUAUGUAUUUUGACUAGAAUCAAUAUAAACUGCUUUUGGAUCCAAACUGGACUACCAAUUGUAAUUAAUUACACAAAUAAAAAAGGUUAAAUCUUGUUAACCAAAAGGUUUGGCAUUCAAGGCUUUCCUUCUUACUUGAAAAGAAAAAGCUGUUAUUUUUAAACUAAAGCUAAUAAGAGAACAUCUUAUAUCUGUAAAAUUUAUAAUGAAAAAGUAUGAAAUACAUUCCAGAUACCUUAUUGUUUAUGAUUUGAUUGUACUGUUUACUAAUUAACUGAAUUGUUAAAAUUACUAAAUUGAAUUAAGAUUUUUGUAUGUUUAUUUCAUAAUUAAAUAAAAUAAAAUAUUCUCAUUACACAUCACAAUAAA